AUGCACGGCGCGACAAACACUAGCAGUGGAGGAAAAGAUCGAAACACCGAAUUUGCUCCACACACUUGCCUGAGGCGCUCGAGCAUGGCACCUUCCAAGCGCAAGACGACCACACGUCGAAAAACUGCUGAGGCAGCCAACGAGGGCACCUUCAAUGCCGACUUAUUGACCUCGUCUCCUUCAACUCGCCCAUCAGUCAAGAAACGCAGAAUCAACACGCCUCGACAAUCACGAAAAGAUCGUUCGCCUAGUUCCGAAAGGCCUGCGCACGAAGCGGACAACGAGUCUGACGAUGACGAGACAUUAUCCUCCAGCGACCUCAUCGAUUCGGUGAUAUCCUAUUUGGCUGUUUCAAAGGACCCUGUAGCAGUGGCUAAGCAGCACGACAACGAACUGACAGGGACUGAGAAAAUCUCAGCAUUUGCAAAGAUUGCAGGAAAAGAUUGGACAUAUUAUGUGCAUGAACAGACUGUUAACAUUGGUCGUCCACCAGACGACCGGCAGAUUCCUCCUCCUCAGUUGGGUAUAUCGAGUCCUGUACAAGAUUUGAAAGAGCAGUUUCCUGUACACAUUGACCUCGGUCCUAGCAAGAUCGUAUCAAGACAUCACGCUUCGAUAUUCUAUGACGGCGAGAGUUCUGAGGGUGGUGGUUGGUUUGUACGGGUCAACGGACGAAACGGCGUCAGGGUGGAUAAUCGUCUGUUAAAGCGUGGACUGAAAACUCAGCUUCAUUCUGGAGCAAUUCUCGAAAUUGCGAGUACCCAGAUGAUGUUCGUCAUGCCCAACGAAAGGGUGCAGAUCGAUCAGUACUUCAUCGACCGUGCCAAGAGUCUUGCUACGGGGGAACAAAUACCUGCAGAGUCUGAUAGAGACACCGAACCAGAGAGACCUAAGAUUGAGACGAGCACGACUGACCUCUCAGAGUACCCUUCAUUGGCUCCUGCGCCUCCUGACUUCAGACGUGCUGCUACACCUCCACCCACAGAUGGUCGCAAUCAACGCUCUGUCUUCGAUAGCCGGUCUAUCAUGUCUCCAAUCUAUGGUAGAGGCAUGAUGAUGGAGAGCACCCAGGAAAUUGAUUACAGCCGAGACUCUGCUAAAGAUCUCAAACCUCCCUUCAGCUAUGCUCAUAUGAUAGCCCAGGCUAUUUUCUCGAACGAAGAGGAGAAAUUGACCUUGGCCAAUAUCUAUAGCUAUAUUGCAGACAGAUACGCCUUCUACCGACAUUCCAAUAGUGGUUGGCAAAACAGUAUCAGGCACAAUCUGUCCCUCAACAAGGCCUUUCAGAAGGUACCGCGAAGAACAGACGAGCCUGGAAAAGGCAUGAAAUGGCAGAUUGCAUUAGAGUACCGACAGGAGUAUCUGAAGAAGAUGCAACGAAAGGGUGGCGCGUCUAGUAAUCCGUCAUCACCUGUGUCAGGAAAAGAUGUCAAUCCAAAUUUUAGAGGUCCCAAUGGACAGAACCUUGGAUAUGAUACCUCCAUGGUAUCUUCGUUCUCGGCGCGAGGUGAAGCACCAAAGCUUAACAUGUCCUUUCCCCCAUUUCCUCCUAUUGGAGGACCGCAACAGAUGGCCGGCAUGCCCUCGCACUCAUCACAACCUCCGCUACAGACCUCAACACCUGUGAGAAGUCGUGCCAACACAUCUAACGCCUUACCAGAAAACGGGCUCGAGGAAUCACCCCUCCUGCGUCACCCGAGUGCUCGACAGAAUGGACCCUUCUAUACUCUCCCAACAUCGUCAAAUCUGCCACACCACUCACCUGGCAAUCCUACACUUUCCUCCUCUUACCUAGACACUCCGUUUCAGCCACAGCACGCUAUGCUCACUCCAGCACCACUACGACAAAAUCCUCGCCUAGCACCUCCUUCGACACUGGUCGCACCUAGCAAGUUCAUGCCAGAAUCGUCUCCGGCAGGGCCCGGUCUUUUCUGGAAAGGCUUUCUCGGUGGUGCUACUCCAGGUCCACCUGGCUCCGCGCUUCCACCUGACAUGAGCCCUGUCAAGGGUACGUUACGUAGAAAUGGAAUUGAGGACAGGGAAAUAAUGAGCUCAAGUCCACCACCCAUGGACGUCCUUGGUGGAAAUAGUCCUUCAAAGGCUGGCAGAGGUCGAAGUGGCACAUUCGGUCAAUCGUCUAGCAAGGAAGAUGAAGACCAAACAAUGCCCACUGGACAAGAUCCAGCUAGAGUCAACGGGCUGGGUCUUUCGGAAAGUAAUGGUAACAGAACAAUACCCGCUUUUUCCGCACCUACUCUACAGAGAAACAGCCACAAAGUCGAAGAAGAUGAUGACGACGAUGGCGGUAUCGAUUUGGCUAGAGGGUUUGCCCCAAUUAGCAGCUUUUCCAGCCAGCGAAGUGCCGGGAUGGCGACGAACGGAUAG